UGCUAGCUUCUGCACAACAGGGACACAGAAAAAGGGGGAUGAUGGCAAAUCUUGAGAAGGGCAAGGCGCUGAUGGCAAAGGAGGAGACAAAGAUAUUGAUCUCAAAUGGGGAGACCAACAUGUUGCAUGAAUCCCAUCCCAAGUCAAUCCCCAUGAACGGCGGAGAAAGCCCUUAUAGCUAUGCUCAACACUCUUUCUAUCAGAGAGAGAUGGCAGAAGCUGCAAAGAAUGCGAUCACUGAGGCAAUCACAGAGAAACUUGACAUCCAAAACCCUUCAUCCGAAUCUCCCCAACCCUUCCGGAUAGCGGACUUGGGCUGUUCCAUAGGACCCAACACCUUCAUCUCUGUGCAAAACAUAGUAGAGGCUGUAGAGCUGAAGUACCAAAACUGCAUUCAAGAAGAUCAGCACAACCCUAAACCCCUUGAGUUCGAAGUUUUGUUCAAUGAUCACGCCGAGAAUGACUUCAACACUCUCUUCAGAUCCCUCCCUCUCUCCCGACGCUACUUCGCAGGGGGCGUGCCGGGAUCUUUCCACGGCCGGUUGUUUCCGAGGUCCAGUCUCCAUUUUGUGAACUCCUUCAGUGCGCUGCACUGGCUCUCCAAGGUCCCGGCCGAGGUGGUGGACAGCAACUCUGCUGCAUUCAAUAGAGCAAACAUUUACUGCUCAGGGGCUGUGAAGGAAGUCACAGAAGCGUUUUCCGCUCAGCACAAGGAAGACAUGGAGGGUUUUCUGAGUGCUAGGGCAGAAGAGCUUGUUAAAGGAGGUUUGAUGGCACUCAAUUUAGUUGGGCUCCCUGAUGGGGUCAUUCUGGCCGAGACUGCCACUGGUAUGGGAUUUGACCUUUUGGAUUCUUGCCUUGUGGACAUGGCCAAGAUGGGUUUAAUAAGUGAAGCAAAAGUGGAGUCGUUCAACCUCCCAAUUUAUUAUCCACCUGCUAAGGAAUUGAUGGCAGUGGUUGAGGCAAAUGACCACUGUUUUAGGGUAGAAAGAUUUGACAUAUUGUCAUACCCAUUAAAGCAUGCUCCCGCUGAUGUCCAAAUGGUAGUGUCACAUACGAGAGCUGCGUUGGAGGGACUCAUCAUGAACCACUUUGGGAAUGAAAUUCUCGAGAAAUUGUUCAAUUCCUACGGCAAAAAACUUGAAGAGAAUUAUUUCAUUUUCGAUCAGAAAAAUCGUAAAGAUGUCGAUUUUUUCAUCCUUCUCAAGCGCAAGUAGUUGAAUAUCUUGUUUUCUUUCCUCACUAUGCUUGGAAUUUUAAGUAUGAACAACGUACAUUUUCCUUUAUGCUUGACUUAUUUAGUUUCUUCCAAUGUUACAUUUGAGAGGAUUGUUCUUUUUUCUUCUUUCUUGUCUCCUCUUAUAUAUUUAAUUUGCAAGGUGAUGUAUCCUCUCGA